AUGACGAAGAACAUCGUGGUAAUCGGGGCUGGUGUUGCUGGAUUGACGACAGCUCUCCUGCUGUCGAAAAAAUCUGGCUAUAACAUCGUUGUUGCAGCAAAACAUAUGCCUGGCGACUAUGACAUUGAAUACGCAUCACCAUGGGCCGGUGCGAACUAUAUGCCAGUAUCCAUCAGCGGAACAGAUGCUGCGGAAUGGGAUAAAAACACAUGGGGCCCACAUGAGGAUCUCGCUAGAAACCAGCCUGGAGCAGGUGUACAUUUUCAAGAAUGUGAGAUACACAAUCGAGCGAAAGAUGUCGGGUCAGCGACGGCCAAUUGGUUUAAAGAGCUGUUAUCCUCCAACCCUUGGUUCGCCAAGGUUGUUCCAAACUUUAGGUCACUCCCAAAAGAGGCUCUUGGUCCAGGCAUAGAUUCGGCUACAGUCUUUACCUCGGUAUGUAUUAACACGGCCAUCUACCUCCCAUGGCUUGUUUCUCAAUGCCUGUCCAACGGAGUCAUUUUCAGGCGAGGCGUGUUUGAUCACAUUCUAGAUGCGACUAGAUCGGGAAUCCACCCGAACGGGCGUGUGGACCUAGUGGUCAAUUGUACAGGUUUGAUGGCGUCCAGGCUUGGCGGAGUGCAGGAUACUUCAGUGGUCCCUGCAAGAGGACAGAUUGUUAUUGUUCGGAAUGAUGCAGGGAGGAUGCUAGAUAUGUCUGGAACGGAUGAUGGCGAGGAAGAAGCCUGCUAUGUCAUGACUCGAGCAGCCGGUGGAGGCACCAUCCUUGGCGGGUCUUACCAGAAGGGUAAUUGGGAAUCCCAGCCCGACCCAAAUCUGGCAAUCCGGAUCAUGAAGCGAGCCGUGAAGAUGUGCCCUGCGUUGACGAAUGGGAGGGGGAUUGAACAUCUGGAUAUCAUUCGUCACGGAGUUGGACUGAGGCCUGUCCGAGAGGGCGGUAACCGAAUCGAAAAGGAGCGUAUUGGAGGGGUUAUUGGUGGUUCACAACUAUGGUGCUGGGGGUGCUGGGUAUCAAUCCUCAUAUGGAUGUGCACAGGCCGCGGUCGACCUAAUUGA